AUGGAGGAGAAUAAGCCAGUCGAACAAUCCAAGAGCGCCCUUAAAAAGGCCGAAAAGGAGGCUAAGAAAGCUGCCGAGAAAGCUGCAAAGGCAGCAAAGCAAGCCACUCUUCCUGUUGUCGGCUCGGGUGGAAAGAAGGUAGACGAUAUCAUUGGAAUUACUACCUCCAAGGCGGACAACUUCGCGCAAUGGUAUCAAGAGGUCGUGCUCAAGGCCGAGAUGGUCGAGUACUAUACCGAAAUUUCGGGUUUCUACAUUAUGCGUCCUGCAACUAUGUAUAUCUGGAACGUCAUCCGCAAAUGGUUUACGGAGAACAUCGAGGCUUUAGGCGUUGACGAGACCAACUUCCCCAUGUUCUUAUCCCAGAAGUCGCUAGAGAAGGAGAAGAGCCAUGUCGAAGGUUUCGCUCCUGAACUCGCAUGGGUAACAAAAGCUGGUGAUAAGAACCUCGAGGUUCCAGUCGCAGUUCGCCCUACCUCCGAAGCAGUCAUGUACCCUUAUUACGCAAAGUGGAUUCGUAGCCACAGAGAUCUUCCUUUUAGAUUGAACCAAUGGAACUCGGUCGUGCGAUGGGAAGCAAAGCAAACUACCCCUUUCCUAAGAGCGCGAGAGUUUUUGUGGCAAGAGGGCCACACCGCGCACUUAACCGAGGAGCUUGCCGGCGAGGAAGUCUUACAGAUCCUAGAGCUCUAUGCUUCUAUAUAUGAACAACUCUUGGCAGUCCCUGUUGUGCGAGGCCGAAAGACGGAAAAUGAGAAAUUCGCCGGUGGGUACUACACGACUACAGUAGAGGGUUAUAUCCCUUCCAACGGACGAGGUAUUCAGGGCGCCACAUCGCAUUGUCUUGGUCAAAACUUUAGCAAGAUGUUUGACAUCACCGUCGAAGAUCCGAACGAGAAGGGAAAGCACAUCAACGUUUGGCAGAACUCAUGGGGUCUAUCAACGCGAGUUAUUGGCGUGAUGGUCAUGAUACACGGUGACGACAAAGGCCUAGUCCUCCCUCCACGAAUUGCCAAGAUCCAGACAGUUCUGAUCCCUGUCGGUAUCACCAAGAGCAUUUCCCCUGAGGACAAGGCCAAGCACAGCGAUAAACUCGCCGAAAUCAAGCAGACCCUCAAGACGGCAGGUGUACGCGUUGAGAUCGAUACGAGAGAAGGAUACACCCCGGCUUGGAAGUUUAACGACUGGGAACUAAAGGGUGUGCCUCUCCGUCUAGAAUUCGGACCAAAGGAUGCGGCCAAGGAGGUUGUCAGCUUCGCUCGCCGAGAUACCGGUGAAAAAGGUACCAUUCCUCUUACCGAGCUUGCUACGAAGGUCCCAGAACUCCUUGAAACCAUCCAGAGCGAUAUGUACAACAAGGCAGAGAAGGCUUACAGAGAGCACCGUGUUAUCGUCAAGAAGUGGGAUGACGUUCUCCCUGCUCUAGAUGCCAAGAACGUGGUGAUCAUCCCCUUCUGUCUCGAUGGCAAAUGCGAGGACAAAAUUAAGGAACUUACGACCGGCCGCACUGAUGAAGACCCUAACACCCCAGAAGCACAGAAGGCCCCAUCGAUGGGGAUGAAGAGCUUGUGCAUUCCUUUCGAACAGCCAGAAGGCUUAGUCCAUGGGGAGACCAAGUGUUUGAACCCAGAGUGCGAACGGCUGGCUGAGAAGUUUGUCAUGUUUGGACGAAGCUACUAA